AUGCAUCCUCCCCCGCUCCUCGGUGUGGGCGUUGUUGAUCUGCUCGAGUCCGACCCCCGACCGAGCUUCGUUGUUGCGCUACCAACUUCAUUCAAGGACCCCGCGCUUGCCGAGGUUGUCUACAGCAAUCCGGCUCUGGUGAGCAAGCCUGCCCUUUUCGAGGUCCUAGGAUCACUAUCAAGCCGCGACCACACGAGAUUCUGGGACUGGAUCACUGCCCAAGGCGCCAACCCACCACAAUCCUUGUUGUAUAACAACCACUUUUGGACUCGGAACACCUUGCUUUCCAGAUGGGUUGUUGUGAGCUCCAACGAUUUCCCAAUCUCCUCAGAACCUCCGAGAAAGAUUCGCCUGGAUGGUUCGAGAGGCAGAGAAUCUAGCAGCGGUAUCUUGCAUCCGCAUACUUCAACCGUGCCCUCAGUGCCUUCGGUAGAGUCGUCCGCAGAAGACUUGUCCUAUCCCCGGAUAGUUCGAGCAACCACCGAGCCGCCUAUAGUCCUACCGGAUUUUAUGCCAGACCAAGAGCCUUUUCUCGAUAUGGUUGAUAGCGUUGACUGGAGCGCGACUCCCCUGGGUGCUAUGGACCGGUGGCCAUCGCUGCUUCACCAGUCUUAUAGCCAGAUUUUAUGCAACUCUCAGCCAACAGCAAUCUACUGGGGCAAGAAGCUCACAACAGUCUACAAUGAGGCUUAUGGAGAGAUGAUAGGGGCAAGACACCCCAACCUUAUGGGCCAUUCUGUGACUGAAGUUUUCCCUGAAAUCACUGAUCAGCUCAGAGAUAUGAUGGAAAAUCCCGGACAAAGUCGUCGCGCGAGCAACGAAGAGGCAUUCCGCUUUUUCCUCGAAAGACCCGAAGGAUCAUCCCUCGAGACGUACCUAAAGUGGUCGAUCGUACCGGUCAUGCAGAACGGCGAAUGUCUUGGCUUCAUCCACUUGAUAUCGGACACGACUCUAUACCACCUUUUCCGUCGGCGAAUUCAGAUGCUCGUCAACAUGGGCGAGGAGCUCGUCACAGCCAAGGACGUUAAAUCCUAUUGGAGCAAGCUGAUCGAAGAGCUCUCCGAAUGCGAUCCCGCUUACGAUAUACCCCUGGCGAUGCUCUACUCGAUUGAGUGUGAUGGUUCGUCACAUGCUGGAAGCGAGUCGCGGCACGAUUGUAAUCAUGUUUGUCGUCUCGAGGGCGCGCUAGGUGUCCCAGAAAACCAUCCCAUCAUGCCCGAGACCCUGCGACUGAAAGACACCGAUGCUGGUCUGGCGCCACAGUACCGAGCUGCUCUGCGCAGCCACGAGCCGCUGAUUAUCAGCACAUCAGACGGCAGUCUGCCCCAAGAAUUACUGACUGGCCUGCAGUGGCGUGGAUUUGGCGAUCCCUGCGAAGCUGCUAUUGUCUUGCCCAUUAGACCCACAAAGGAGGAGGAAGUCAUGGGACUGCUUGUGCUGGGCCUCAACCCCCGACGACCUUACGACGAUGCAUAUACCCUCUACAUCCAGUUGCUAGCCCAGAAGCUUACGACAUCUCUGGCUUGCACGGUCUUGUUAGAGGAGGAGCGACGUCGAGGACGGAAUGCUGCCGAGCAGGCCGCAUACGAUCAGGCCAUGCUGAAAGAAAAGCUCGCCUACCAGACUAAGGAAGCCACAGAGUACACACGGCUAUUCCAGACAGUUUCGGACUUCAUACCCAACGGAUUCUCCCUUGGGGAUCAUCAAGGGAACAUAACAUUCGCAAACGGCCUGUGGUACCGCAUAACAGGACAUCCUGAUGAAGGCGGUUCUUUCUCUUGCGUGUUGGAAGCAGACCGAGAAAAGAUUCGCGAGGCAUACAAAGAACUGCAGACCAAGGAUGAAGUCGAAUUUGAGUUCCGCGUCACAGGAACGGAACACACCAAUCGCAUGCUGGCAAGGAGAUCGCCCUUCAAAGCCGACGUAUACAGCGAUCUUGACGAGGAUCUGGAACGUUUUGUAAUGGCUCAGGCAAAGGCUGAACGAGCGACUGACGGAACCAUCAUUCGGACUUUCACUUGCCUGACAGAUGUCACCGCACACAAAAGGACGGCCGACGAAGCCACCAGGAGGGCUCAACAGGCAGAGAAUCUGAAGAGGAUGGCUGAGCUUGCCACUGUUGGUAUGUUCGAUAUGGACACCGGAGGACGUCUGCUCGGGGCAAACAACGUAUUUUUCGAGUUAUCUGGGAUAGAGAAGGUGGACCUUUUGCAACACGAAGUACGGCCAUGGGAAGUCUCGGUUGUACAAGACGACAUUCAGACUCUGAGCGAGAGCGUUGCGCGACUCGUAGCGACGAAAAAGCCCCAGUCAGCUGAGAUACGCCUCAAGACCACAUGGACAGCAGAGGAUGCUGGAGGGAACCAGAUCACAGCGCCCAGAUGGGUACACAUCACCCUGAUGCCAGUAUGCAAUUCAGAUGGCAUCGUUCAGUCGUUUACUGGCUGUGUCAGCGACGUCUCAUUGCAAAAGUGGCAACUGGAGUUGGAAACUCAACGCACCGAGGAGGCAAUCGACUCGAAACGGCAACAGGAUAACUUCAUCGACAUGACUUCCCACGAGAUGCGAAACCCGCUCAGCGCCAUCGUUCACUGUUCAGACGCCAUCAUUGCCUCACUUGCGCGAUGCGAGGAGCUUGUCGACCGGCCUCCUACUCCGAAGGCAGCUAAAUCUGAUGAAGAAGGCACUGACAAACACUUUGAUAUCAAGCAGCUUCUUUCGGACAGUAUCGAGAAUGCGGAGACGAUUGUUGCCUGCGCACAGCAUCAGAAGCGGAUUGUGGACGACAUCUUGACAAUGUCCAAGUUGGACUCUAAGCUCCUAGCCGUCACUCCCUGCACGGUCAAUCCCGUUCAGAUUGGCGAGGAGGCUAUCAAGAUGUUCGACGUAGAGGCUCGUCGUGUUGAUAUUGACCUCAAGAUGACUGUGGAUAAAUCGUAUCGGGAGCUGGGUCACGUUUAUCUUGAUCUUGAUCCCUCCCGCGUCAAACAGGUCCUCAUCAACUUACUUACAAACGCUCUCAAGUUCACAAAGUCCGGAUCAAUCAGGAAUGUGUCCGUCUGCAUGAAGGCAUCGCGACAACGGCCGACGGACGAGACGGCACCAGUCACCUUCAUUCCCCGAUCCUGCAAAGAAGAGUCAGAGUACGAGCAGCCUGCUCUCAACAAUCGCAGAGACCCAGUCUACAUCAUGUUCGAAGUCAAGGACACCGGCCAGGGUCUCUCAGAAGAUGAAAAGUCAAAUCUCUUCAAUAGGUUCGUGCAAGCGAGCUCGCGGACUCAUGUCAAAUACGGUGGAAGCGGAUUGGGGCUAUUCAUCUCGCGACGCUUGACAGAGUUGCAAAAGGGUGCUAUCGGUGUGUCCAGCUUGCCAGGGGUGGGGUCCACGUUUGCAUUCUUCAUCGAGGCAUACGUGCCAACAGAGUCGUCGCGGAGGGAAGCCGAAUCUGCGGCUGCGGCUGUGAGAAUGACGACUCUGGCUACUGCUGCAUCAAGCACGCCAUCCACGAUGCCGCGGAUUAGAGCCCCCACAAACGACCAGAAGGCACCUGGCUCGCGACCGAAACCUAAGAGCUACGACCCCCGGCUGGAUGGGAUUCUUGUCGUGGAGGACAACCUAAUCAAUCAGCAAAUAACCCGUCGCGGCUUGCAGGAUAGGGGGUUCACUGUCGACGUAGCCAAUCACGGAAUCGAGGCUCUAGAACGACUCAUGCAGUCCAUGUCCCUGCAGAAGCAAGAUGACCCAGAGUACUUUACUCACAGCAACUCGAGUCCUCAGGGGCCUGCCGUAUCGAUCAACCUUAUCCUCAUGGACAUAGAGAUGCCAGUGCAGGACGGGUUGACAUGCACGCGGCGAAUCCGAGAACUAGAGAAGGAAGGAAGAGUGUUUUGUGCGAGCGGUGGAAGAAUCCCCAUCAUCGCCGUCAGCGCCAAUGCAAGGCCGGAGCAGAUGCAAGACGCCAAAAGCGCGGGGUGUGACGAUGUGCUCGUCAAGCCUUAUCGGAUGCCGGAGCUAAUCGAGAAGAUGCAAGUGGUAGUCCGGCGAAUGGGGGGUCUUUCACCUGGGUCGCCUUUACGAUAA